AAACGAUAAAUUCAAAAUUACAAAAUAAAUUUUAUUAUUUGAACAAAAAAAUUAAUCUGCCUUUCAAAAGUUAAAUUUAAAAAAAAUAUUUAUGACCGCGUUGACAAACCAGACUUUCUUAUGUGCGCCAACAUGUUGCGCAUGUACAAUUUUUGCGCGUAUUCAAGACAUCAUUAAAUAUUCAUCAAAACAUUUAUAAAGGAUUAAUAAAAUUUUUGUAGCAAUAAAUUAUUAUCCAUAAAAUUAAGAAUAAAUUAAUAUUGUUAUUUGCUUUUGACAUUUCUGACAUUUAGGUCUAAGUAACCCAGUAAAUUAUAGCAAUGACAAAUCUUAGAAAUACAAUGGAGUCGGUAGAUCGUGAUCAUGAUGGAUUUAAUAAUUACGUUAAAUCAAUUGCUAGUAAAUGUGCGAAAAUGAAGAAAAAUGUCAAUGAGUUUAUGAUUGAUGCUAAAGUUUAUGAAUUUUUUGAUCAAGUAAUAAAAUAUUUAAUGUCUCAUCCAGUCUUAUCAGCUAUUUGUCUCUUAAUAUUGGCUUCAUUUACAAUACCUAUAUUUUUGUUUGUAUCAUUUACUAUUAUUAAUAUCGCAUUUGCAUUUACUGGUUUCAUUAUUGUCCAAGUUGCAGUACUUUCAGUUGGAGCAACAGUAUUAUGUUCAAUAUUAUUUUGCGUACUAUCAACAGUUGCAGUCAUUGGAAUAAUUUGUGUUCUAACAUGGUCAAUAGCUUAUUACUUACUUACAUUUAUGAGAAAUAUCCGGAGAAUUCGAUAA